AUGUCGAUAAUAUUAAAAGACGACGGUGAACUUAGUGGCUACCAAGUAGUUGGUAUGCCCAAAGAUGGGUCUUGUCUCUUCCAUUCAAUAUCUUUCUUGGUGUAUGGUAGAACUGACUCAACUUGCAGUAUCAGAUCUGCUAUAGUUGCAUACGUUGCUGACCAUUGGGACGAAAUGCAAGUGUACACGUGUGAUGCUGAUGGUGACGUAUACACUAGCGCGCAAUCCUACAUGAGCGAUAUGAUGAAACCCACUACUUACGGCUCAGCUUCUGAGCUUAUGGCUGCUGGAAAAAUCUAUCCUUUCACUUUUGAAGUGUAUGAGAACGGUAUACUAAGAGGUUCCUUUGGCGAUGCUGGCCAAAAAAAGUGUUUACGUUUUACCGGUAGUUACUUAAGCGGCCACUACGAUGUACUCAUUCCUAUACGAGAUGCCUCUCCAUCUUCUUCCCCCUUUCAUCCCAUAACAUUAAAUUCUGUAACAUCAGAUACUGCUAUAUGUACAUUAUAUGACUUAAACUCUACGCAAAGUGAAUUGAACAUGAAGCAUAAGGGAAAAGGCGGUAGACCGACUAAAACAAAAAAAGGAAGACCUAAGGUAUCCGAACUGUCACGAUCUGAACAACUUCGAGAAGCCGCGGCUCGUUACCGACAAAAACACCCUGAAAAACGUCGAGAAACCGUAGAACUUUAUAAUUCUUUACAUCCAGGCGCCAACCGGGCAUCUGUAGCACAGUACAGUGCUUCACACCCUGAAGUAAACCGGGCAGCUGUAGCACGCUACAGUGCUUCACAUCCGGAAGUCAAUCAGGCUGCAGUAUCUCGCUACCGUGCUUCACAUCCGGAAGUAAACAGACAAAACUUAGCGCGAAAGAGAUCUACUGACAAACUAAAGUUUAAGGGAAACAUAGAAACAAUCACUAGAGUUCUUACAACUAAACUUAAAGAUAGAUUAGAAUCAGAAAAAAUAGUUAAGUGGACUCUCCAUAAUAGGCAAAGAACUUUAGAAGAUUUGAACAAGACUGCAAAUAAAUUAAAAGAAAAAAUAGUAGCGGCAUUAGAGAAGUUAAAAAUAUGUCCUGAAAGCACGGAUAUUAAAGACAAAUUUGAAGCAUUUCUUGGUAAAUCCGAACAUCGCAGUAAUCAGGAGCCAUUUUAUUCUGAACAAGCUUAUAAGGUUUAUGAAGAUAAAGAAAAACCUAUUGAGAUUGAUGAUACUGGCAAAGCAAAAACCUUUACAAAUAUUAAGAAAAUGUCCAAAAGUCUGACAUGGUCUUGUUCGGAUUCAUUGUGCGUAUUAAAUGAUGGAAUCUUACUAAAAUUUAAAAACAUUUUCGAAGUAUUGAGCCUCCAAACUACUCCGCAAAUUUACUCGAUGUCUGUAGAAACAGGAAAACUGCAAGAAAAUGUCAACUUUAUUAAUAACGUUAAAUCGCAUUUCCCACAUCUUCGGACUAUUAUCAGAGAGAUUUAUCAAAUACACAGCGAUUGUAAGUUAUUGCUUGAUAUUGACAAUUCUUUGGCAACUGGUAAUGUGGAUAAGCUUAUGGAGCUAGGAAAGCAACCGACGGUAGGAAGUGCCGUUGUAGAGCGUACACCUGAUAGUGAAAUCGUGGAAGAUGAAAUAAUAAAAAGUAAUAAAGUUGCUUUUAAAUUAUUUUCCAAAAAAAGUGUAGACACACCGAAACUGGAUUGUAUGUCGUGCAAUAAACUUUGUUACUCUAGGGAUAUUAGUUCCAUAGAACGAUUAAGAAAGCCCAUAUCAACAGAUGUUUGGAAACAGCUCCUGAACUACUAUAAUUCUAGCCUAAUAACUCACAGUCCGUACAUAUGCCACACAUGCCUUGCUAAGAUUCGUGCUAACCAAAUGCCUGCUGUCUGUAUCCUCAAUGACAUGCACGUAAGCACUGUUCCACCAGAAAUAGCUCAGCUGAACGACUAUGAAAACAUUUUAAUCCAACGCGCUAAAGCGUUUCAGGUGGUUGUUACAAUGAAUCCUGUGGCUAAUAAACGUCUACCCAAUCGUCAGAUGGUUAAAAAAGUAAAGGGCAGGACUUUUCAUUUACCACUUCCGAUGGAAGAAACCCUAAAAAAACUCCCAAAACCUGAAGACGCAAUAAUUGAAAACCCAGAACUUUAUAUUAUAGUCCGAAGUACGCCAAACAAAGCAAAUAUUAUAUGGCAAGACAUUGUUGACGUUAAUAAAGUGUACAAAGCAUUACAAUACCUCAAAAAUGUAAACAAACAUUAUGCUUAUAUCAAAUUAACAGAUUUACCUAACCAGCUCAUAAACAUACAUGAAAAUAUUCAACAUAAUGUUACAAAUACACCAGAUAAUACUGAAGAAGGCAUUUUAGAAGAUGGUACAGCAGCACUGUUGACCCAAAUCACAAGAGAAAAGGAAACUGAUUAUGAGCAUUACACCAUAUAUCCUUUGAAUGAACGGAGACAAAAUGCACCAGCUUCAGAACUCUACCAAAUGCUCAAAGUAAACACAGCACCGAUUGAUGCCCGAGAUAAAGACCUCGACGUUAAAUGUUUUCCACAUUUAUAUGUAGAAGGAAAAUACGGCCAAUUUCAUAAUCGGCAGCAGAAAGUAACUUCUAGUGAAUUUAUUAAAGCCCGGCUUAUGUCAAAACAUCCUUAA